CUCUCUAGUCACUGCCUGAAGCAGUAAUCGGACAACUGUCGUUCUCACUCUGGCUCGGUCUCUUGAGAUCCCAGCUAUAUAGUGUGUGUAUCGGAGCUCCGUGGGUUCUAACACUUGAAAUGAAAAAGAAAAAGGUGUGUUGUAGCCGGUAAUUUGUUGCGUUACAGGUUCUACGAACUCUCGAAGAACUCUUUUUGAUGAAGUUUCUCUGUUGUCUCUGGACUGGACAGACUUGGCUGUAGAAGAUUAUAACGUUACUUAAAGGAACGGGAUACCAGCCAGAGCACAGGGAUUCCACGGUAGUUGGAGUCUAUGGACAUGCAGGAUCUAGCCAGUCCGCACAGCUGUGUAAGUGGAAGCAGUGAAUCUCCUAAUGGUCCCAGACUCGACAACUCCCACAUCAAUACCAAUUCCAUGACCCCCAAUGGCACUGAAGGUGAUAGCAUCACAAUGCUCACCACAGCUGACUGGUUGUUAGGCUCUAGCUCACAGUCCGCUGCAGUUAAAACAGAACCUAUGAGCAGCAGUGACAUCACCACCCCAGUAGCCGACGUCUCCCUUGACAGCUUUUCAGGAUCAGUUAUUGGAACCAGUGGCUUCAGCCCAAGACAAACACAGCAGUUCUCCUCACAGAUUUACCCUUCCAACAGACCGUAUCCACAUAUUCUCCCUACUCCUUCAUCCCAAAAUAUGUCUGCGUACGGUCAGACACAGUACACCACAGGAAUGCAGCAGGCCGCAGCCUAUGCUAGCUACCCCCAGCCUGGACAACCCUACGGGAUCCCUGCCUAUGGCAUAAAGACAGAGGGGGGACUGAGCCAGUCCCAAUCCCCAGGACAGACAGGCUUCCUCAGCUACAGCUCAGGAUUCACCACCCCUCAGACGGGCCAGGCUCCAUACAGCUAUCAAAUGCAAGGUGGCACGUUCACAACCACGUCAGGAUUGUACGCAGGAAGCAACGCCCUCACGAACUCAACCGGCUUCAACAGUACACAGCAGGACUACCCGAGCUACCCAGCAUUCGGCCAGGGCCAGUACUCCCAGUAUUACAACAGUUCUCCCUACACCUCCCCCUAUAUGACCAGCAACAACACCAGUCCCACCACCCCCUCCACCACAGCCACCUACACCCUCCAGGAGCCCCCCAGCGCCCUGACCAGCCAGGCCCUCACGGAACCCCCAGCAGGUAGGCCCCAGGCCCCCCAGGCCACCCACCCUCCAUCCCCAGGAUCAGAAGGCUCUGGAGGGGGUGGCUAUGAUGCCAGGGCCACUCAUUAUGGAGAUUACAGUACCAUCCACAGUCCAUCAACGCCCAUUAAAGAUUCAGAAUCGGAUCGAUUGCGGCGUGCCUCGGAUGGAAAGUCACGUGGCCGAGGGAGACGGAACAACAACCCUUCACCACCGCCUGACUCUGACCUUGAGAGAGUGUUCAUCUGGGACCUGGAUGAGACCAUCAUCGUUUUCCAUUCCUUGCUCACAGGGUCUUACGCUAACAGAUACGGCCGGGAUCCCCCGACGUCUGUGUCACUGGGACUGAGGAUGGAGGAGAUGAUCUUUAACUUGGCAGACUCUCACUUGUUCUUCAACGACUUGGAGGAGUGCGACCAAGUCCACAUCGAUGACGUCUCAUCUGAUGACAACGGUCAGGAUCUGAGUACUUAUAACUUUGGUUCGGAUGGGUUCCACGCGGCAGCGACCAGUGCCAACCUGUGCCUGGCCACGGGCGUGAGAGGAGGAGUGGACUGGAUGAGAAAACUGGCCUUCCGCUACAGACGAGUAAAAGAAAUCUACACCACCUACAAAAAUAACGUUGGAGGUCUGCUGGGCCCAGCCAAACGAGAAGCCUGGUUACAAUUGAGAGCAGAAAUUGAAGCCUUGACCGAUUCCUGGUUAACACUGGCACUGAAAGCACUCACAUUAAUCCACUCAAGGUCAAACUGUGUGAAUAUUCUGGUGACCACCACCCAGCUCAUACCUGCCCUGGCUAAAGUCCUGCUGUACGGACUGGGGAUAGUGUUUCCUAUUGACAAUAUUUAUAGUGCUACCAAAAUAGGGAAGGAGAGCUGUUUUGAGAGAGUCAUUCAGAGGUUCGGUAGGAAAGUUGUGUACGUCGUCGUGGGAGACGGAGUGGAAGAGGAGCAAGGCUCAAAAAAGCACAACAUGCCCUUCUGGAGAAUCUCCAGCCACUCUGACCUCAUGGCCCUCCACCAUGCUCUGGACCUGGAGUACUUGUAGCUACCGCUUCCUACUGCUCAGACCGUGACACCUACAGCUCGGCCUACCGGCCCAAUGCACCUACCCGAAGGCCCCUACACCCUACCGGCCCACUGCACCUACCCAAAGGCCCCUACACCCUACCGGCCCAAUGCACCUACCCGAAGGCCCCUACACCCUACCGGCCCAAUGGACCUACCCGAAGGCCCCUACACCCUACCGGCCCAAUGCACCUACCCAAAGGCCCCUACACCCUACCGGCCCACUGCACCUACCCAAGGGCCCCUACACCCUACCGGCCCACUGCACCUACCCAAAGGCCCCACAACUGCUCUCCCAGACCCUACUGGCCCCUAAAUGGCCCAUACCGGCCCCUACUGGCUCAUACUGGCUCCUACUGGCCCCUACCAACCCCUACUGGUCCCUAAUGCCCCCUAGCGCUCCACAUACCACAACUACUCUACCAGACCUUACUGGCCCCUACUGGCCCAUACCAGCCCCUACUGGCCCCUACUGGCCCCAACUGGCCCCUACUGACCCCUACUGGCCCCUAGUAUUCCACAUACCACAACUACUCUACCAGACCCUACACUUCCUGCUCCACCUUGCCUUGCAACCUUUCAACUUUCACCACAGCCACUCAGGUCCUCCCACCCAGAACAGACUCUCUGGGGCCCUUUGUGUCGCCUGUCCUCCCCCUUCUUUACCUGGCUGCCCUUUUGCCCUCCCUCCUUCCCGCCCUCCCCUCCCUGCAUUCAACUAGAGAGAAAAUGAACAGAAAGAGACCUUUAAAAAAAGAGAAACUGAACAAUGAAACAGUCGACAUCAUGUUGACAUACGGCCACAAUUCAUCUGAACCCUGUACCUGUCUUCAUUAUCUGUGCGUUCGUUCUGAAGGCCCACCGGCCCCAAAUAACCCGAGUGGGGGUGACAUCCAACUCUCUCUCUGUCCCUCUCUCUGUCUCCCUCUCUCUCUGGCUCUCUGUCUCCCUCUCUCUCUGUCCCUCUCUCUGUCCCUCUCUCUGUCAUCUCUCUGUCUCUCUCUCUCUCUCUCUCUCUCUCUCUCUCUCUCUCUCUCUCUCUCUCUCUCUCUCUCUCUCUCUCUCCAUCUCUCUGUCUCUCUGUCUCUGUCUCGCUCCAUGUCUCUUUUUCCCUCUCCCCACUCUCUCUCUCUCUUCCCCCCUCUCCCCACUCUCUCUCCUCUCUAUCUCUCUCUCUCCUCCCUCUGGCUCUGUCUCUCUCCCUCUCCGUGGUAUAUAGAGACAGAGGGGCCCAUGUUGUUCUAACUCAUCGUUAAUCUCUUGCCCUGCCUGACUUCGGCCUGGGAAUUCUGUGCUUCUUAUUAUUUAUGAACAGAGACGUUGUGAGUGUCACUGUCACUAAAGGAAAAGACUUGUGCCUUUUUCACGUUACACAGUAUUUUGCCUCCCACCGACCCCCACACUAUUCCCACACCAGGACGGACGAGGAAAACAGACGAAUUAACGUUCAUUGGAAGAAGUAAAACAAACAAAAAGUUUUUUUUUCUUCUAAUAAUUUAAAGAAAAUUAAGAAACUUUAUUUACAAUGAUGCUGAGACAAUCGUGUACAGAGAAAGUCUUUUUUUUGUGUGUGUGUGUGUACAUUUUAAGUCACUGGACGAUUCCUUCCUUAGUAAUCGGUUAAAAGGCUCUUGAAAAGUGAAAAGGGCAAAAUGCUUCUUUUUUUUGUCUCCAUUGAAGUCAAAAAAAACAAAACAAAAAGGCAUGCUAAUCGAGCACAGAAGAAGAGAUUGCCUCUGAUGCCUCUGAGCUGAGAGUGGUGGUGAUGCUGAGUUGAUUCAAAACUUGUUUUGUUCGUAAAAAAAAAAAAAACUUGUCGAUAAUUAAUGGGAUUUU